AUGGUUGCUGCUGCUGUACCUGAUGUUGUUGCAACAGAGAAGGAUGCUGCUGUGCUUGGGGCUGGUGCAAGGCAUGAUGGUGCUGCUGCUGGGGAUGCUGCUGCAAGAUGGGAUGCUGUUGCUGCUGCGGCUGCGGCUGCGGCUGUUGAGCUUGUACCUGUGUUUGCGCUUGUGGCUGUUGAUAUUGGCGUUGAUAUGCAUGAUGGAACUGAAGCUGCUGUGGCUGAGGCUGGUACGGCGACCUAUGAGCGGGCUGUUGGGUCUGCUGUGCUGCUUGCUGCUGGGCCUGUUGUUGCGCCUGUUGCUGAGCUUGUUGCUGGGCCUGUUGCUGUGCCUGCUGCUGAGCCUUCUGCUGGGCUUGUUGUUGAGCUUGCUGCUGAGCCUGUUGUUGCGCCUGCUGCUGGGCCUGCUGUUGAGCUUGCUGUUGCGCCUGCUGCUGAGCUUUUUGCUGGGCCUGCUGUUGGGCUUGUUGUUGAGCCUGCUGUGCUUUCUGCUGGGCUUGUUGCUGAGCCUGUUGCUGGGCCUGCUGCUGCUGCUGAUACGGAGAAGCUUGAUGCUGGGGCUGCUGAUACUGGGCCUGCGGAUACUGGGCCUGCUGCGCUUGGUAGGGCGAUGCUUGAGCUUGUUGGUAAGGGGAUUGCUGCUGCGUAUGCUGGUACGGCGACGCUUGUUGUGUCUGUUGAUACGCUGACUGUUGGAAGGCAUGCUGAGAGGUUUGCGUCGUGGGAUGAGUGUGCGGCGUCUGUCGAUGCUGCAGAUGUUGCUGCUGCAGUCGGUCGAAAGACUGCUGAGGAGAAGCAAGACCCAUUGCAUGCGCAUGUGGAGACAUGGCAGCCUGCGCAUUCAUCGUGGGAUGAGUGCGGAAAUUGGCCAUGGGAUAGGGAUCCUUCAAUUGACCAACAGAGUCGGCAUUGCGAGACAGCAGGUCGGACGAGCCCUGUGGCGGGUAGUGUCCGGAGAACGGACUAUAAUGGCCGCCCGUGGGGAGGCCGACUACAGGGCCCGUGGAGGAUGGGGUCAUUUUGCGGAGAUCUGGGGACUGAGCCGCCAAUUCCACCUGCGACUGACCCCGAAAAAGGGCGCCAUUACUGGCCAUGCCGGGAGCAUGAUGGGGAUGAGCAGCAGCCGCAGCAGUCAUGGACGGGGACUGCAGAUGAUGCUGCUGUUGGUGCUGCGGAUGCGCAUUUUGCUGGGGAGGGCGUUGUUGAUGAAACGAAUGCCCAUUAUAGCCCAUCAUCUUGACGGAAGGAAGAUGAGAGUGAAAAGAAAUUC